CCACUUCGAUCGCUUUCACGGAUCAGAUUAGUCGUUGUCUGGAUAUUAGCAAGCAAGACCACAGCGAUGGACUUUAACAACUGCGGCUUCAUUGAUCCGCAGGCCCAGUUGGCUGGAGCUUUGGACAAGCAGGACAUUCGAGAGUUCGUUGCUGCCCUAGACAACGGUGCCCUGGCCGAUCUGCAGGACAACCGCCAUACCAGCAUCUACGAGAAGGCACUUUCCACAGCAGGUUGUCGGGAAUUCAUAGAGGCCUGCAUUGACCACGGCAGCCAGGUGAACCACAUCAACCAGAAGCUGGACAAGGCUGCAGUCAGCUAUGCGGCCGACUCGAGGGAUCCAGGGAACCUGGCGGCGCUCCUUAAGUACCGCCCCGGAAAACAAGUCCAGGUUGACAGAAAAUAUGGGCAACUCACUCCACUCAACUCACUGGCCAAAAAUCUCACGGAGGAAAACGCCUCAGAGGUGUACGCCUGCAUGCAACUCCUGCUGGACUACGGCGCCUCGCCGAACAUCGUGGACCAGGGCGAGUUCACACCCUUGCACCAUGUGCUGAGGAAGAGCAAGGUGAAGGCUGGGAAGCAGCAACUAAUUCAGCUCUUUCUGGACCAGCCGGAGUUGGACAUCGAUAGUUACCGAAACGGAGAGGUGCGCCGAUUGCUGCAGGCGCAAUUUCCGGAGCUUAAGCUCCCGGAGGAGCGUCAAACCGGACCGGAGAUUGCCAUUCAGACCCUCCAAAGGACUCUACGCGACGGAGACGAAUCACUGUUUGAGCAGCAGUUCGCUGAGUACCUGCAGAAUCUCAAAGGUGGGGCGGAUAACCAACUUAACGCCCACCAGGAGGAAUACUUUGGUCUGCUGCAGGAGAGCAUCAAGAGGGGCAGGCAGCGAGCCUUCGAAGUCAUUUUGUCCACUGGCAUGGACAUCAACUCGAGACCAGGCAGAGCCAACGAGGCCAAUCUCGUAGAGACGGCCGUGAUAUACGGUAACUGGCAGGCCUUGGAGCGACUGCUGAAGGAGCCAAGCCUGCGCCUUACUGCAGAGUCCAAGCUACUAAAUGCAGUGAUGGGUCGUUUGGUUGAGCCGCCAUUCGAUGGCUUCAACCACCAGCGCUGCUUUGAGUUGCUCAUUAAGAGCGAUCGCGUAGACAUCAACGAAGCCGAUGCCGGCGGCCUGGUGCCCCUGUUCUUUGCAGUGAGGUACCGAAACACGAGUGCCAUGCUGGAGCUCCUGAAGCACGGUGCCUACAUUGGUUCGAAGAGCGCAUUUGGGACACUUCCCAUCAAGGACAUGCCACCCGAGGUUCUCGAAGAGCACUUUGACUCUUGCAUCACAACGAACGGAGAGAGGCCUGGUGAGCAGAACUAUGAGAUCAUCAUCGAUUAUAAGAACUUAAUGCGCCAGGAGAGAAACUCGGGAGUGGAAAAGCUUGGCGCUACUUUCGUCAAGCUGCACGACGAAAUGGCCCCAAUCGCGUUCAUCGCCGAGUCGAAGGAGAUGCGCCACCUGCUCCAGCACCCGCUGAUCUCGAGCUUCCUAUUCCUCAAGUGGCACCGACUUUCCGUGAUCUUCUACUUGAACUUCCUGAUAUACUCGCUUUUUACCGCCUCCAUAAUUACUUACACGCUCCUCAAGUUCCACGAAAGCGAUCAGAGGGCUCUUACUGCAUUUUUCGGAUUGCUCUCCUGGCUGGGAAUCAGCUACCUCAUAAUACGGGAGAGCAUCCAGUGGAUAAUUUCUCCAGUUCGUUACUUUUGGUCCAUAACAAAUAUCAUGGAGUUAGCCCUCAUCACACUAUCUAUCUUUACCUGCAUGGAAUCCAACUUUGACAAGGAGACGCAGCGCGUCUUGGCCGUAUCCAGCAUCCUACUAGUCUCCAUGGAGUUUUGCCUACUAGUGGGCUCCCUGCCAGUGCUCUCGAUUUCGACGCACAUGCUGAUGCUGCGAGAAGUCUCCAACAGCUUCCUAAAGAGCUUCACCCUCUACUCGAUCUUCGUGCUCACCUUCAGUCUGUGCUUCUAUAUCCUCUUCGGGAAGUCAGUGGAGAAAGACCAGUUAAACAGCGCCACGCCGGCUCCCGAUCUGGAGGAGAAAGAAAACGACGACUUCAACACAUUCACCAAGCCUAUCGAGGCCUUGAUCAAGACCAUUGUGAUGCUGACAGGCGAGUUUGACGCCGGAAGCAUCAAGUUCACCAGUAUCUACACCUACCUGAUUUUCCUGCUCUUCGUGUUCUUUAUGACGAUAGUGCUGUUCAACCUUUUGAACGGUCUUGCCGUGAACGACACCCAAGUAAUUAAGGCUCAGGCGGAACUGAACGGAUCCAUUUGCAGAACCAAUGUCCUUAGUCGAUAUGAGCAGGUCCUCACUGGCCACGGACGCGCUGGGUUUCUGUUGGGCAACCAUUUCUUCCGCAGCAUCAGCCAACGUUUGAUGAACAUCUACCCGAACUACUUAAGUCUGCGUCAGAUUUCCGUGAUGCCGAACGAUGGGAACAAGGUGCUUAUUCCUAUGAGCGAUCCCUUCGAAAUGAGGACCCUUAAGGGCAAGGAGCAGGCUAGCUUUCAGCCACUGCCCCUGAGUGCGGCAGCGCCCCAGAAGAAGCUGCUGGAUCCACCGCUUAGACUCCUGCCCUGCUGCUGCUCCAUGCUCACCGGAAAGUGCUCCCAGAUGAGCGGCCGGGUGGUCAAACGGGCGCUCGAGGUAAUCGAUCAGAAGAACACAGCGGAGCAGAAGCGGAAACAGGAACAGGUCAACGACAGUCGACUGAGGCUGAUCGAGUCCAAACUGGAGCAAUUAUUACAGCUGGUCCAGGAACGGAAGUGAUGGAGCAUGUAUUUUGAUAGCCUUAGUGUUCUUGAGACUAAUAGACCUCUUAGACCGAUUUGCAUUUAAACUGCAGUUUAAAGAGCCAAGUUAGUCGGAAAUUGUUUUUAUUAACAUACGAGUAAUGAAAUUGAACAAAACCCUUAAUAAUUGUCAGUAAGUAAGUAGUAUAUAAUGGUUAUAUAGACAGUAAAUAUUGUAUAAACGAAUAUCAUUACUGUACCAUUUGUACCCGAGUAAAUAUUUAAUUUCAAAUGUUA